AUGCCGGAAACCUCUAAUUUUGAUGAAUCCUGCAUGGUUGAGGCCUGCGAAGCCGCCCAAGCCAAAGAAAAACCCAAUAUUGCCUUGAUCGCGCGUGAAUAUGGCGUUCCGCGUCGGACACUACGAAACCGCGUUAGGAAGGGCAGCCAGCCUUGUACGGCCCGGAAGCCAGUUAAUAAGGCACUUGAUAGGUAUCAGGAGGAAGCCCUGAUAUGCUGGAUAGCCUUUAUGCGUGAUAUCAACAUGCCAGUGAUGCCUAGGAUACUAGAAGAAUGGGCGAAUCGGGCACUUAAGUGCGCUGGCCACCUCAAACUUGGCCCAGUGAAGCAAGAGACAAAGGAAUCAAAGUAUAUCCAGGCUGAGGAUGCAGGGUUGCUGGCACACUGGUAUAAUCAGCUAGCAAAUGUGGUCAAAGAUACACCAGCCUGGCUGGUAUAUAACUUUGAUGGGUGUGGCUUCCAGCCUGGUGAAGGUACUCCUGAUCUUGCUGAAUCUGAGAAGGAUAGCUGGGUAAUAGACCUAUUCUUUAUCUUCAAAGGUGGUGGCAUCUUCAUGGAAUCUUGGUUUAACAAGACUGGGUUUUAG